AUGGUCGACCUUUUCGAUCCAUUGGAUUUCAUUAGUACAGAUCACAAUCGUAGGCCAUCACACGAUAUUCUAGACGAUGCCCAACAGAUACAAGAACAUUUGAACCACGAAGCAAACACCGAUGCGACAAGUCUUAAAGAGAGUGAUAAUGAUUAUGAUGAUAUUCCAAUACAACCUAUGGACCUUCCAUACAUUCAAUAUGCAUCUUCCACGGUUAUACUGACAGUACUAAAGCUAUUACAACCAGAAAUACAGGUUAACUUUAAAUCUACACACCUCAACCCAAGCGAUUCAUGGGAGAAAGUCUGUAAAGAAAAGGAUAUAACAGAAAAUAUGAUGCAAGAAACAUUAAAUUAUUUUCUUCAAUGGGGCAACCAACAUCUUCAGUCGUACUCCCAGAUUUGCUCUAAGAUACCUUCGCUUCUUUACAGUAGAUCUUUUGAUUUCGAAAUGCUGAAUUAUUUUACCUCCAUUAUAUCAAAGUACGAUUCUCAUCCGGAUGAUGAAAUAGUAUCGCAAAUUUUACAGCAUGCAAGUCUACGGAUUUCUGAACGUUGUGGGAGGACGGCUCAACCCUCUAUGACCAGAGUUUUUUUAAUUGAUGGACUCGACACCGAGAUAAAAUUGCAUGAACCAGCCUUGACUUCGGAUAACUUGGGUUUGAAGACAUGGGGAUCAUCCCUUGUUUUAUCUAAAAAGAUCAUAAAUAUCCCAACUGCUAAGAGAGUUCUUGAACUAGGUUCAGGAACUGGGCUUGUGGGUAUAACAUAUGCCCUUUCUCAUAAGAAUUCCACCAUUUUUCUUACUGAUCUUCCUGAAAUUGUUCCAAAUCUACAAAAAAAUAUAGAGUUAAACAAACUAAAUGAUGUGCAUGGAAAAGUUUUAGAUUGGACUGAUCCUUCUUCAUUUACACAAGAGUUUGGGACUGAGCCAUUUGAUGUAAUAUUAAUCGCGGAUCCAAUUUAUUCCCCGCAACAUCCUACCUGGGUAGUUAAUAUGAUUGACAAAUUCCUUUCAGAGUGUGGCAAGGCUUACCUAGAGAUCCCAAUUAGACCCAAAUAUGAAGCUGAGCGUCUCUUGUUAUGGAGAUUACUAGAGGAACGAAAUUUGGCUGUAGUUAAAGAAAUUCAUGAUGAGGGUAAAGACGAUUGGGGAAAUGUUGAAUAUUUGUAUAAAGAGAUAAUACGUGUAACUAAGUAG